CUCCUGUCACACGCGCUCUCACUCGGGACGGCAGAUCUGUGAGGGAUGGGCGCAGCAGACUUCAGCGCCCAGUCGUCUGUCUCAGCGCCACAAGCCUGCGGGUCUCUCCGCCGCCGCUCUUCAUGACUGAGCUCUUCAGAGAUCCUCGCCGGUCAGCCUCGGUGAAUGUCCGCGGGAAACUUGGCGGAGUUGUUCGGCGCACCUGUUAGCGUUUCUCCAGCGGACUGCGCGGCUCAAGAUGAACUCGACGGCGUUUAACGACACGGACGCGAGCUUCUUCUCCAACAGCAGCAGCAGCAGCGAGAGCUUCCUCGCGUGCUGCAACCUGUCCUCGGCCGUGACGGACAGCGGCUUGGUGAGCUCGGCGCUGGACGAGCGCAGCACCUUCAUCAUGAGCGUGGUGCAGAUCGCGGUGAUGUGCGUCCUCGCGCUCACGGUCGUCUUCGGCAUCUUCUUCUUAGGAUGUAACCUUCUGAUCAAAUCCGAGGGAAUGAUCAACUUCCUGGUGACGGACAGGAGGUCCUCCAAGGACGUGGAAGCGGUCAUCGUGGGCUCGUAUUAGUGCGUAAAGCGCGCUGGCUGGCCGGUGGGAAGCCGUGUGGAUGUUGCCAUCUCAGUGAACCUGCGCUCCCCAAUCCCUACACCCUUCAAAAACAUGGUUCUUCCAGGGUUCUCUAGUAAAAGCGAUGUUCUGUUUAGAACCAUGUGCUCCAUACAGGACCAUUUCGUGGUGGUGAAGCUGUUGAUGUUGCAUGUAGCACUAAAAAGCGUUCUUCAACUGUUAUCACGUCAAACUUGUAACAAAAGGAGAACCCUUUUUGGUGCUAUAGAGAACCACUGUUAAAAAUGU